UGUAAGAAUAGGAGAUCAAAUAAAAGGAGGGAGAAAGUAUAGGCAGCAGAACUUAAAAACAGAUACCUUUAAAGAACGGGUGUAAAGGAGAGGGAAAUAUGUGCAGCUGGCAAGACGCAGAACAGCAAGCGGAAUAGCAACAGAGGAUAGAAGCAAGUGAAACUCUGGGAUAUUACACCAAAUAAGGACUGUUAGAAACGUUCUUCUCUCGCGUUCAGCCUUACUAUGAACCUGCUCUUUCUGCUGGUCCUGGCUUUUCACCCUGACCUGGCCAUGGGAGGCAGAGCCCAGCGCAAACAAUGGCAGGCUGAGAGCAGUCUGAGACCAUAUCUGGGUAGAGUGGACCCAGUCCUACUAUGUGAGCUUCUGAAGUGUCACAGUCCAAUGGGCUCCUGGUGCCAGGUGGUGCAGGACAACGGAGUCCUCUUCCCAAAGUGUGUGUGUCCUAAGAUCUGCCCACGGCAGGGGGCACCAGUGUGCAGUGUUCUGGGAAGGACCUAUGGGAACGAGUGUCUGCUGCAUAGAGAAGCCUGCCGCAAGAGACGUCACAUUGGACUGGCUCAUAAAGGGCCUUGUCUGGUUCCCAAGGCAAACUGUACAGAGGAGGAGUAUGGCCAGUUCCCAUACCGCCUCAUGGACUGGUUCCUCCUAUUGAGUCGCAUGGGAGAGUCCUACGCCCCCUACGCCCCGCCUCAGAGCUGCCUGAGCCACACCCAGCGCUCCCAACUAGCCCAGCGGAGGUUUGGCCUGCUGGACAAGAACAAGGAUGGAAAGCUGAGCCGGAAAGACCUGAGGAAGCUACGCUACAAAAGAAUGCCUCUAGAGCACUGUGCUACCUCCUUCUUCCAGUCGUGUGACCAUAACAAGAACACUAAGGUGACCCUGCAUGAAUGGAUCUCCUGUCUGGUGGAUCGCUCAGAGAUCUGGUUCCACAGCUUCAUGUCUAUGAAAAUGGGAUCCGGUAAGCUGUGUCCCAUGAAGACUGACAACCACCUUUGACCUGGAUAUGAACACCUCUCUUCUCGCAUUGUGUAUUAUUGUGUUAUCAUUUUUUUUAAAUGUUCUGUUACUUCUCAUUUUUAUCUCUCUGCAUUGUUGGGAAGGGCCCGUCAGUAAGCAUUUCAAUGUUAGUCUACACCUGUUGUUUAUGAAGCAUGUGACAAAUAACAUUUGAUUUGAUUUUAAUUUGAUUUGUCUACAUGUGCAUCUGUUUAUCAAUGCUAUCUACAUUCUACAAUCAUCCGCAUCAAUUAAUCACCCACUGCCUGUAUCAUAUUUCCACUACUCCCUCUAACGGUCACACUCGGUACUGCAUUUAUUUUUGAUUAAUGACAUCAUUUGUUUUGAGGAGUCCACUGUAGAUUCGUCUGUGUGGAGAAAUGGCCUGUAAUAAAUGUCUAUGAGUCUUGGCUACCA